UGUUCCGGUGUAUGUUAGCAGUUAGCUUAUUGAUAGCAUUUUUUGCGCUCAUUGAAAGAGUGCAUCAAUUUGUGUGAUGGUUCGCUGAUAUUUGCCACUUUUUAUUGAAAACAUGGCGCUCUCAAUGGAAACGCAGCUUCAGAGUAUCUUUGAGGAUGUUGUGAAAACUGAGAUGAUCGAAGAGGCUUUUGCGGGGAUGUUUAUGGACACACCAGAGGAUGAGAGGACUAAACUCAUCAGUUGCCUUGGUGCUUUCCGACAGUACUGGGGAACCCUACCACAGGAAUCUCAUGACCAGUGUGUGCAGUGGAUAGUGAGGUUCAUACACAGCCAGCACAGCCCCAAAAGAAUAUCCUUCCUCUACGACUGUCUUGCUAUGGCUGUGGAGACGAGCCUGUUACCACCAAGGAUGGUUUGUGGCGCUCUCAUAAGCUCAGACUCAUUGGAGUGGGAGAGGACUCAGUUGUGGGCAUUAACUUUCAAACUGAUCCGCAAGAUCAUCGGAGGAGUGGACUAUAAGGGUGUUCGGGACCUGUUGAAAACUAUACUGGAUAAAAUUCAGACCAUUCCUACCACUGUCAGUUCAGCUGUAGUCCAACAGCUACUCGCUGCCACGAAGGUGGUUGAGUACAUCCUAGACAGAAAUGCCUGCCUGUUACCAGCAUACCUUGCAGUCACAGAAAUCAGAAAAAUGUAUCCCGAGGGUCAGCUGUCACACUGGCUUCUUGGCAGUGUGAUAUCAGACUUUGUGGACAGUUUCAGACCCACAGCUAGAAUCAACUCCAUCUGUGGGCGAUGUAGCUUGUUGCCAGUAGUGAAUAACAGUGGGGCCAUCUGCAACUCCUGGAAAUUAGAUCCCACUUCUCUCUGCUUCCCGCUGAGAGGCAUGCUGCCAUUCGAUAAGGACCUUUUUGAGCCACAGACAGUUUUGCUGCGGUAUGUCCUAGAACAACCAUACUCGAGAGAGAUGGUCUGCAACAUGCUGGGACUCAACAAACAGACUCUGAACAUUGCCCAGCAAAAGCAGCGUUGCCCAGUGCUGGAAGAGCAGCUGGUGGACCUGGUGGUGUACGCCAUGGAACGCUCAGAGACUGAGGAACACUUUGACGCCGAUAUCGGAGGAACGAGUCAACUGCUGUGGCAGCACCUGUCCUCCCAGCUCAUCUUCUUUGUGUUAUUUCAGUUUGCAAGCUUUCCUCACAUGGUGUUGUCAUUACAUCAGAAGCUCGCAGGUAGAGGUCUCAUUAAAGGACGGGAUCAUCUGAUGUGGGUCCUACUACAGUUCAUAUCAGGAAGCAUUCAGAAGAACGCCUUAGCAGACUUCUUGCCUGUCAUGAAGCUGUUUGACCUACUUUACCCAGAGAAAGAGUGCAUUCCUGUUCCUGACAUUAACAAGCCCCAGUCCACUCAUUCCUUUGCUAUGACUUGCAUCUGGAUCCACCUGAACCGCAAAGCACAGAAUGACAACUCUAAACUACAGAUUCCCAUCCCACACUCCCUGAAGCUACAUCAUGAGUUUCUCCAGCAGUCCCUUCGUAACAAGACCCUGGGUAUGUCCGACUACAAGAUUGCCCUUCUGUGUAACGCCUACAGCACCAACUCUGAGUGCUUCACUCUGCCCAUGGGUGUCCUCGUCGAGACAAUCUAUGGAAACGGAUCGAUGAAGAUCAACCUGCCCGGCACCAGUUGUGUGGCUUCGGGAUCUGUCACUCCACUGCCCAUGAACCUGUUGGAUUCUCUCACAGUGCAUGCAAAGAUGAGUUUGAUCCACAGCAUCGCAACACGGGUUAUAAAACUGGCCCACGCAAAAUCGCCCCACGCCCUGGCCCCUGCAUUGGUGGAGACGUACAGCAGAUUGUUGGUCUAUAUGGAGAUUGAGUCAUUGGGCAUUAAAGGAUUUAUCAGCCAGUUGCUGCCCAAUGUGUUUAAGUCUCACGCCUGGGGAAUUCUUCACACUUUACUGGAGAUGUUCAGCUACAGGAUGCACCACAUACAGCCUCACUACAGAGUCCAGCUGCUGAGUCAUCUGCACAGUCUGGCCGCCGUGCCUCAGACCAACCAGAAUCAGCUGCAUCUAUGCGUUGAGAGUACGGCUUUGCGGUUGAUCACCGCGUUGGGGAGUUCUGAAGUGCAGCCCCAGUUCACACGCUUCCUCAAUGACCCAAAGACGGUUCUGUCGGCAGAGUCCGAGGAGCUGAACCGAGCACUGAUCCUUACCCUGGCCAGAGCAACACAUGUCACCGAUUUUUUUACAGGCUCUGACUCCAUCCACGGGACUUGGUGUAAAGACAUUCUCCAGACCAUCAUGACCUUCACACCUCACAAUUGGGCCUCACACACUCUGUCCUGCUUCCCCGCUCCGCUACAGGCAUUCUUCAAACAGAACAACGUACCCCAGGAGUCUCGUUUCAACCUGAAGAAGAACGUGGAAGAAGAGUACAGGAAGUGGAAGUCCAUGGCCAAUGAGAAUGACAUCAUUACCCAUUUCUCCAUGCAGGGCUCACCCCCACUGUUCCUCUGUCUGCUGUGGAAGAUGCUGCUGGAGACAGACCACAUUAACCAGAUUGGGUUCAGAGUCUUGGAGCGGAUUGGGGCUCGUGCACUGGUGGCUCAUGUGCGCACGUUCGCAGACUUCCUCGUCUAUGAGUUCUCAACAUCAGCCGGAGGACAGCAGCUCAACAAGUGCAUAGAAAUCCUCAACGAUAUGGUCUGGAAAUACAACAUCGUCACACUGGACAGACUCAUUCUGUGCUUGGCGAUGCGCAGCCAUGAAGGCAACGAGGCUCAGGUCUGCUACUUCAUCAUCCAACUGCUGCUGUUGAAGCCUAAUGACUUCAGGAACCGAGUCAAUGAUUUUGUGAAGGAGAAUUCUCCAGAGCACUGGCUGCAGAGCGACUGGCACAACAAGCACAUGAGCUACCACAAGAAAUACCCAGAGAAGUUGUACUUUGAGGGUCUAGCAGAUCAGGUCAACCCUCCCAUGCAGCUCCAGCCUCAGUACCUGCCCAUCUACUUUGGCAACGUGUGCCUGCGUUUCCUCCCCGUCUUCGACAUCGUCAUCCAUCGCUUCCUGGAGCUGCUUCCCGUCUCCAAGUCUCUGGAGACGCUGCUGGAUCAUCUGGGAGGGCUGUACAAGUUCCACGAUCGUCCAGUCACGUACCUGUACAACACCCUCCACUACUAUGAGCGGCAUUUGAGAGACAGGACCAACCUGAAGAGAAAACUGGUACAUGCCAUCAUGUCUUCACUGAAGGACAACCGUACCCCAGGAUGGUGUUUAAGUGAAACCUAUCUGAAGUGUGGCAUGAAUCCAAGAGAAGACAAUGUGUGGACUCCUGAUGACACCUACUACUGCAAGCUGAUUGGUCGCCUGGUGGACACGAUGGCUGGAAAGUCUCCCGGCCCCUUCCCCAACUGUGACUGGAGGUUCAAUGAGUUCCCCAACCCAGCAGCCCAUGCCCUACAUGUCACCUGUGUGGAGCUGAUGGCUCUGGCAGUACCAGGGAAGGAAGUAGGCAAUGCCCUGCUCAACGUUGUGUUGAAAAGCCAACCUCUGGUUCCCAGAGAAAAUAUCACAGCCUGGAUGAACGCCAUCGGGCUUGUAAUCACCGCGCUGCCUGAACCAUACUGGAUCGUUCUCCAUGACCGCAUUGUGUCUGUAAUUGGCUCUCCAGCGCUAACAUCAGAGACAGAGUGGGCCGGCUACCCCUUCGCCCUGCUGGAUUUCACAGCCUGCCAUCAGAGCUACAGUGAAAUGAACUGCAGUUAUGUGUUGGCGUUGGCUCACGCUGUGUGGCACCAUUCGUCCAUCGGACAGCUGUCUCUGAUUCCCAAGUUUCUGUCAGAGACCCUGAAGCCCAUCGUCCAGACGGAGUUCCAGUUACUCUACGUGUACCAUCUGGUCGGACCAUUUCUGCAGCGCUUCCAGCAGGAGAGGACACGCUGCAUGUUGGAGAUCGGCGUGGCCUUCUACGAGAUGCUGCAGGCGGUGGACCAGCACUGCCAACACCUCAGCUACAUGGACCCCAUCUGUGACUUCCUGUAUCACAUUAAGUACAUGUACACAGGAGACAGCGUGAAGGAGCAGGUGGAGAAAAUCAUCAUGACUUUGCGUCCGGCCAUGAAGCUACGUCUGCGCUUCAUCACACACAGCAGCAUGAUGGAGAUGGCCACGUCUGCUGCCGCCGCCGCCGCCGCCGCAGCUGCUGCUGCCGCCGCCGCUGCUGCCGCCUCCUCCACUUCCACCACAGUCCCAUCCUCGUCCUCCUCCGCCUCCACCUCUCAGCCCGCCCCCUCUUCGCUGUCCUCGUCCUCCUCCGCCGCCUCACCGUCCUCCUCACAGCACACACACACUCCAAUAUAGAAAACCGGUGGAAAUACACACAGAUAACCAGACCGCAGACUAACAAACCUGUUUCUGAAUUUAAAGAAUUGACGUGGAUUUUGGACACGUGUUUGACUCCCAGUGUAUAAAUAUUUUUCAUGUUUGUAUAAAUCAUUAUAAAAUGAAACGCCAAAGUUGAUUUUAUCGCUCGGAACAGUUUCAAGACCAGUUUAAAACAAUAGCAUCGAUGUAUUUAAAAGAUUCUUUGAGGUCGAGGAUGUGUUCUGUAGUCAAGUCAUAACUGUCUUUCACCUUUUCGACCGCUAACUGCCGCCACAAAACAGUAUUUCUUACUGUCAUGACACUUUUUUAUGUUUCUGUUUGUAGUUAGGUUUUCUAUUGUACAUUACCUCAUUAAUAAAAAGAUUUUGGUAUCAGA